AUGCGCGCGUCGUCCCUCGCGCGAUGCCCCGCGACGGCGCGGACGGGCGCGAGACGUGGACGUGGACCCGCGCUCCCGUCCCGUGCGCUGCGAGACGGUGACGCGCACGCGGCGUACGUGCGAGACGCGGCGAACGCGCGGGCGCCGCCCGAGCUCGCGAGCGUGCUUCGCGUGCUCGAGGCGCAGGGAAUGACGCUGGUGGAGCCGCGCGCGCGACGCGGGAUCCAUCCGUUGGUCGUCCCGCUCGCCGUGGACCCGGUGGAGGGGGUGACGAUUGGGUUGUACGUCAAGGGGGAGGAGGAUUGCGCGAGCGUGGUGCGGGUCGCGGGCGAGGGACGACACUUGGAGUUGUUGGGGAGAAACGCGAGCGAGUACGUGCAUCGAGCGAUCGUGGAGGAGGAGUGGAGGAGCGAUGAGACGGAAACGGUGGUGGCGGCCGCGGCGGGGGCGGUUGGGGUGAGUUUGCAUAACCACGGCGCGUUUAAGACGAGCGGGAAGGAGUUCGACGUGUACGUGACGACGCAAAUCGGAAAGUUUCCGUCGUCCAUGGAGGGAUUGGUUCGCAGACAUUUGAAACGCGACGAUGUGCAGUCGGCGCUCAUCACGUGCGAUCUGUACAAGUCGACGUUCGGGGAGUGGGGAUCGUCGCACGCGUUCGUGGCUGAUUUAUACAACGAUUUGGGACGCGGCGAGGAGGCGCGUGACGCGGCGAGGAACGCGCUCCAAACGCCGUGGGCGACGGUUGGAGGCGAUAAAACGAUCAAGCGCAUGCUGGAUCUCGCGGGUUGGUCCGGGAAGACGGUGACGGAGAUUAAGGAGGUGCUCGAAACGAGACGCGGUCCGAACGCCGCCGCGUUCGACGGACCAAAGAGCGAAAAGCAGCUCGCCAGAGAAGAGGCAGAGCUCUUGCUCGACCAAGUCGCCGCGGGUGAGAUCGAAUCGGCCACGGUGAAUCAACGUCUCGCCGAAUGUUACAUGAAGGCUGGAAACUCCACUCUGGCCAAGUUUGUCAUGUGUGGCAGCGGCUCGCCCGCGUGA